CACUCUCCCUCGUCCCUGUCCUCCUCCAUCCCUCACGACCGCACAACCCACAAUGCCUGGCGUCGUUGACGAGGCCGAGGCCCGCCGCAUAAGCAAGGCCAUCGACGACAAGCUCAAGGAGGAGCGCGAACUCAUAAAGAAGAGGCAAGGUGCCCGCAAAGAUGUCAAAGUCAUGUUGCUCGGCCAGGCAGAGUCCGGCAAAUCCACACUCCAGAAGCAAUUCCAGCUCUACUACGCCUCCCAGACCCUCGACAGAGAACGUCCAUCGUGGCGACCGAUCGUCUUCUUCAAUGUCAUCAAGGCAGUGCGCACCAUCCUCGAGGAGCUCGACUGGGAGUUCUCCAACCAAGCCGACCAGUCCUUUUCCUCCCUCGUCAACCUCGGCCCCAAUUGGCCAGACGAGAUCGGGCGGAUACGCAACAAGCUUCUUCCGCUCAUCACCAUAGAGGACAACCUCGCCUCAGAACUCAGCAACGGUGUCACCGUAUCCGGUGGUCGCUCAGGUGUGUACGUACGCGCGGGCUGGCAGGCACUAGUCACGCCCACGCGCUCUUGGCCCCUCUCCGAUAUCCGGAACUCCAUGACGUCCGCGAAGACGGGCGUGAUGGCUAAUAUGGCUGCGAGACAGCUCGCUGAGACGCAGGCCGAUGUCGAGCGCUUGUGGCAACAUCCCGCCGUUAAGGCACUGCUCCGACUACGGAAGCUCCGUCUAGAAGAGUCCGCUGCUUUCUUCCUUGAAGAAAUACAUCGACUAUCGGAGCCGGAUUAUCUGCCCUCGACAGAUGAUAUCCUUCACGUGCGGUUGCAAACAUUAGGAGUCACAGAACACACUUUCGACAUCGAUUUCGCCGGUGGGAGAUAUAAUUGGCUUCUGUACGAUGUCGGCGGUGCAAGGGGACAGCGGCACGCUUGGGUGCCUUAUUUCGAUGACGCAACGGCCGUCAUAUUCCUAGCCCCAAUCAGCGCAUUUGAUCAGUACUUAGAGGAGGAUCCUCGGACGAACCGCAUCGAUGAUUCACUGCAACUCUUCACGGCUAUCUGCUCAAACAAGCUUUUGAAGAACUCGAGUUUGGUGCUGAUGUUGAACAAGACCGAUCUCUUGAAAAAGAAGCUCCAGGCGGGUACCCAGGUCAAGAAAUACAUCACGUCCUAUGGCGACAGACCAAAUAAAUAUGAUGACGUCGCGGAGUACUUCCGCGCGCAUUUCUCACAAGUGCACAAACGCAAGGGACAGUCGCGUCAAAAGUUAUUUGUGCACUUCACGUCGAUGCUUGACGUCAGCGCGACGCAGAAAAUCAUCGUUGAUGUCAACGAGGCGAUCAUCCGAUCUUACCUGGGACAGUCGGGUCUCGCAUGAAGCGGUUACCGAAAUCCAUGAACGACUUCAUGCUUGGAGGACACACGGUGUCUAUCACGAUCUAUGCCCAUCAUAUCUACCCCCUCUUCAGAUCACCCCUCCGUUUAUUAUUCCCUCUGCGCCAUCUUGCUGCUCGUAUCAUUACAACUGUUUUUUUAUAUAUCCCGGAGGCAUGGGAGAUAGCGCGACAAUUUGGGUCAGUACUUAGUUAUUUAUGCGCGACGUGUUUUCCAGUAAUAAUGGUAUAUACAUCCGGUUCUUACUUCGCUUACUCUCUCGUAUACUGUUGCGGACCACGCUGUACAUGGCUGGGAACGGACAGCUUUUGUGUGUAUUUUUUCAUCCUCUAAUAUGCUUUCCCAACG